CUCACUGAUUAUAGACAUUAUUCCCUAUUUCUCUUCCCCGUUUCACAGACCACAACAGUCGUUUAUUAAUAUACAAUCCUUAUUCUCCGUCUUUACACAGCUUGUUUGCUUCUUCCUUCCUCUGCGGUUUUGGUUUUGUCCCUCUCUCUUUCUCUCUCUCUGCUCCAUCCCAUUAGAGAGAACCACCUUGGCUUGCUUCACCACCAAGUGUCCUUUUUAUUUUCCCCAGCUGAGCACUGGAGCUCUGAAUUUUCAACAGUUGUUGUCUUCUCUCUUUUUCUCCUCUUAUAUUAUUUACCCAUCUUAAGAACAUGGCUCUCCUGUUUCUUUUACCUUCCCUCUUCUUCACAUUUGGCGGACUCGUGACUCUGUGAACCCAUCUCGGUGGGGUUUUCUCUUUGUUGGUUAUCUUGUUGCACAAAUUGCCGGAAAUUUUUACUUAUAAAGCUCAAGACUUUCGCGGUGGGUUCUUCAUUAAUUUGUUAUUCCGUUGCAAAAGAGGCAAAGCAGGAAUCUUUGGGGCGAGUUAUCAAAUUUGGUUGAUUUGGGUCAUGGCAGUUUGCUGUGAUCUUGAAGUUGAUGUUAAUGGAGAAGAGUCCUUCAUGGUGGACAAGGUAAGGAAGAAGAACUUAAUCCAAUUCUGAGUUCCUUUUGUUACUUCUCUUUCUGCUACGAAUUUGUUCUGUUGGCUUCUAGGUUCAUGUUUAUGCUCAGGGGCGUUUGUACUGGAAAUCUGGUGGAUUCUAUCUUUGUGCUUGACAAAUGAUGUAUUUGAGUAACUCAAUGGCGGUUUAACAUCAAAUUCUCCAUCUCUUACUGUUCUGUAUUACUGUCAAUGAUGUCAAUUUGCUGAUAGUACCAGCACAACCGCCAUUAAAUCUCCAGACCCAACAUUACAGGCUUGUGUGGGGUACAUUAAUAGCCGUUUCUUGCACCUUCCCUUCUUCUAUUUUGGCCGCUUUCUUCCCUCCAUUGAUGUAGAGUGGUGAUGGUGGUUUUUGUGUGUACGAAUUCAUUCCCUUUCCCUCAUUUCCCCUUUCUCAUUUAUUGCUAUGUGGUUAUGAGGGAGGGGUGCCUUAAAUGUUCAUAUUGCCCUUUCCUUAUUUUCUUGUGUGCACCACUUUUGAGAAAGGACUAGAUGUUGAAGAAGAGUGAGAGACUGAGGGAAAGAGAGAGAGAGAGAGAGUUAAGUUGGUUUCCAAAGCCAUGGUAUUGCUGUUCAUUACCCUCAUAUGAAGAUUAUAUCUUCGUAUUCAGGAAGAUUAAGCAAGUUGUUUGGGAAAUCAACUGGUGGUACUAGGACUUUGAAGGUCAUAUUCAAUGAUUUUCCAGGAGGAGCUGAGGGCUUUGAGCUCAUGUUACGGUUCUGCUACAACAAUGGCAGAGUUGAUAUAAACCCUUCCAAUCUGUCCUUGCUGUACUCUGCUGCAAAGUUCAUGGAGAUGAGCAGUGAUUUUCCAUCUACAACUAGACCCAACUUAUUGGAACAAACUGAGAAAUCCCUUCAACAGAUAGGCUACUGGACUUGGUCUGAGCUUCUGGUCACCUUAAAGCAAUGCCAAGACUUGUCUAAUUCAUCAAGCAUUGUCGAGAAAUGUAUGGAUUCACUUAUUGGAAGGAUGGCUUUGUCUAGUGAAUCAAGUCCAUGUCCUUCCACUUCUUCACAAGAUAGCUCGGGGACAGUCCGGGUUUCAUGUGAUAGUCGAAGUACAGAGAGUCUCAAGACCUGCUUUGUUAGAGGAACAUGGUGGUUUGAGGAGAUAUCUGGUUUGAGUUUAAGUUUCAUUGAGAUGCUAAUCAAAGCAAUGGCUUCAAAGAAAUUUGAUCAUGGCACAAUUAGUAAGUUCCUCUUUUACUACCAGAAAUCCAAGUGCUACUCAACCUCAGGUGAUGAGAAGGUCAAGACGAUUGAGGUUGUUAUCGAUUUGCUUCACAUUCUUGAUUGGAGCUCCAUUCCUUGCAAGAGCUUAUUCGGUUUACUCAGAGUUGCUUUGAGUUUGAAUGUGAGCAAAUGUAGUAGGAAAAAGGUGGAGAACAUGAUAGGUUCCCAGUUGGAUCAAGCAACUCUGGACAAUCUAUUGAUUCCAUCUCCUCAUGGUGCCAACUCUCUGUAUGAUGUGAAUCUUGUUCUGAGAUUCUUGAAAUCGUUUCUCCAGGGCGGAAUUUACUCAAUUCGAUUGAAGAAGGUUGCGAGUUUGAUGGAUAUGUACAUUGCAGAAGUAGCUCCUGAUCCUAGCUUGAAACCAUCCAAGUUUCUUGCUUUGGCCAUGGCCUUGCCGGAUUCUGCUCGGGACUCGUACAAUGAGAUGUACCGUGCCAUAGACAUGUAUCUAGAGGCUCAUACUGGAUUAUCUAACGAGGAAAAGAUGAAGAUAUGCUGUGCACUGAACUAUGAGAAGGUGUCAGCAGAAGUAUGUAUGCACAUUUCUCAGAACAAGAAGUUCCCAUCAAGAACUGCUAUCCAAGCUCUCAUGUCUCAGCAAGUGAAGCUGAAGAACCUGCUCCAACCCACCAAUGCCACAACCUGCUUUGUGGAUUCACCUUGCAGUAGCUUGGGCGAACCAGAUCAAAAGGGGAACAAGGACGAACAGCAAAUUGUCCUCUAUGCUGCCAAGCUCGACUUCUCAGCCGAUAACGAGAGGCUCAGAGCACAUCUACAAGGCAUGCAAUGGAGGGUGAUGGAGUUGGAGAAAGUUUGCAGAAAGAUGCAGACACAAAUGACAAAGAUGAUGAAAUCUAAGACACCCAAUCGGAGCAGUUCGAGAUCCUUGCCAAAGCUAUGCUCUUGAUGUGGUGAAGCAAAAGAGAGGAUCAUACAUCAGGAUUCACAGAAUCCAUCCCUUUUGAAUCAUGACCAGUAUCUUUCAGUUGUAUAGAAGGAUAAAAAAAAUUGUUGUUUUUUUUUUCAAAUUUAUUUCCCACUUCCAUUGCUUUGUUGGGUUUGUAGCAAAGUCAUUUCUUCCUUUUCCUCUUUGUUCUUUAGGCUGCCAUAGUAAAAGGCAACUACUGAAUGGGACUUCUCUUUUGAAGCAGCAGAGGCUUGGGAUAUUGGCUGCUGUAUAGUAAAUUAAACCACAAUAGAUGAAAAGAGAAAGAAAAAAAGAGAGGAGCUUUUUGGCGGUGCAAUUGAAUUCCUUCUUGGGUUUUGUAGUUGGUCCCCAGAAUGUUAAGUCAAUAUCUGUUUUGCUGUAUGAAUUCCUGCAGUUUGUUGGGAUACUAAAGAGGCUGGAGAAGAAUGUGAAUUUAUCAGUUUCUUUGGUUUCUUCUGCAACACAAGGGCUCCCAAAAACUUGUGCCAUCAUUUUGAAAUAUUGUAGC